AUGGCUGCUGUCGAACACGCUCCCGCGCCGGUCAACGACGAGAACACCGCCCCCGGUGUGGCCACCGAUGAGAAGGCGAACGGCGAUGUUACCGUCUUCCAUGACCCCGAGAACUUCACCGUCAAGCACCCUUUGAUGCACGAAUGGACUCUUUGGUUCACCAAGCCUCCCAGUGGCAAGGGCGAUAACUGGAACGAUCUGCUGAAGGAAGUGGUCACAUUCAACUCCGUCGAGGAGUUCUGGGGAAUCUACAACAACAUCACACCUACCUCCGAAUUGGGCCUCAAGGCAGACUACCACCUUUUCAAGAAGGGCAUCCGGCCAGAGUGGGAAGAUCCCCAGAACAAGCACGGUGGCAAGUGGUCGUACUCGUUCAAGGACAAGCGCUCCGUACCUAUCGACGACUUGUGGCUGCACGCUCAGCUGGCUGCGAUUGGCGAGACUCUCGAGAAUGAUGAUGACAACGAGGUCAUGGGUGUUGUUGUGAACGUCCGCAAGGGCUUCUACCGUGUUGGUUUGUGGACAAGGACUGUUGGCAAGAGUGUUCCGGGAGACAAGACCACUCGUACCCCUGCCCAAGGCAAGGAUAUCUUGGAGUCCAUCGGUCGUCGUUUCAAGGAUGUCCUCCGUCUCAAGGAAGCCGAUGUUGUGGAAUUUUCCGGACACACGGAUAGCGCCCACAGCGGUAGUACCAGGGCCAAGGCCAAGUACACCGUCUAA